GUAAUGAUUAAUUUUGUCUAAGUCAUUUGAUUUAAACGUUAAUAGUUAUUUAUUUAUUUUGUAUUAUUAUUAAUUAUUUAUUCGUAUUAAUUUACGAUUAAAAAUGUCUGAUGAUGAAAUGGAAAAAUUUGAAAUCACAGACUAUGAUUUGGACAACGAGUUUAACAUGCACAGGCCCCAAAAACGAUUGACUAAACAUCAAGCAAUUUAUGGUAAUAAAGAAAAUCAAGAAUCUAAAAUAUAAAAUAACCAUUCGUUUUAAUAAAUAGUAUCAAGAAAACUGAUAUUUUAAGAUUAAUGAUUUGCUCAAUGGUUUAAAAUGGCAUUUAUAACUGAAUACUUAAAUAGAAAAACUUGAAUUUUUAAAAAUAUUUCAUAUUAUUUCAUGUGUUUUAUUAAUUAGGAAUUUGGGCUGACGAAGAAGAUAGAAAUGAUAUUGACGAUGAACCUACAGGAUUUGGAGGCCGUAGAAAUAAAGAAAAAAAAUAUAAACAGAACUAUACUGCUCCAGUUUCAUUUGUAUCCGGAGGUAUUCAACAACCUGAUAAAAACAAAAAAGAGAUUAAAACUAAAGAAAAAAAUUCCGAACCCGAAAAUUUAGAUGACAACAUAUCUAGGUUUGAAAACUUUGAAUAUUUAUUAAAGAAAUAUAAUUUAUAUGUUAUUUUAUUGUGACAUUAAUAUUUGUAUUUAGUGAAGAUGAAAAACCCAUGUUCAAUUAUGAUAUUGAUCAAGAACUGGCAGGUUUACGAAAAAAACAAUCUAAUGUUAAUCCAAGACUUAUGAAUAAAGGAUUGGGAGAUUGGGAAAAACAUACAAAAGGAAUCGGUGCAAAAUUAUUGCUUGGAGUAAUUUAUAAUUAGGUAUUAUUUUUAUAAAUUAAAAUUCAAUUCAUAAUUGUUUCUUUUUCAGAUGGGUUACCAACCUGGUCAUGGUUUAGGAAAGAAAUUACAGGGCAUUACAGCCCCAAUUGAAGCAAAUUUAAGAAAAGGAAGAGGAGCAAUUGGUAAUUUAUUUUUGUAAAUUAAUAGAUAUGAUUAUGUAUACUUAUAUAACAAUUUUUUUAGGUGCAUAUGGUCCUGAAUCUAAAAGCAAACCAAUGAAAAUAGAUGGUGAACGUACAUUAGAGAAGACAAAAGAUAAUAAAGUUUCUCAUGGGUGGAGAAAAGCCUUAAAAGCCGAAAAAAUGCAAUAUAUUUAUAAAACAGUUGAGGAUGUAAUUGAAGAAAGCAAACAUCCUGGACAAAGAAAAAGAGAAUUCAAGUAUAAAUCAUGGAUUUUUAGUUCAUAUAAUUUAAAUUGUAUUCAUACAAUGUAUAUAUUAUUAAUUAUUUAUAUAGUGAAUUAAGUCGAGUUAAAGUAAUUGACAUGACUGGUCCAGAACAAAGGAUAUUAUCUGGAUAUCAUGCAAUAUCUGGUGUUAAAAAACCAAUUGAUCAAUGGGAAGUACGAAAAGAUAAAAAAUUUUUAAAUUUUGAUCUACCUGAAAUGAUACACAAUCUCAAUCUUUUAGUUGAAAUAGCUGAGCAGGUAAAAAAAAUUGUUUUUAAACUUAAAUGAUUGAAUAUUUAAAUAUUAUAAUCCAAGUACUGAUUACAAAUUAUAUACUCAGCUGGUUUUACUACUAAUUUAGUUUUAUUUAAUUCAAAAUUAUUGUGUACUCACAAUAAUUAGGAACCCACCAAAUUAGGUAAAGGGAUUGGAAGUGGUGAUUUUCUGACUUUAUCUUACACAUGUGCAAUAGAGUGUUUCAUAAUUUUUUUGUUUAUCAGAUGUUCUUAUUGUGAUAUUGUGUUCCUUAGAGCUUAAUAAUGUUCCCAAUUUUUUUUUUUUUUUUAUGUAAAAAUAAUAAUAUUUAUGGAGAUAUCAUUAGAUCAAAAAUUAUCAGAAGAAAAAAAAAUAUUUUAUAUUUAAAAAUAAAUAUAUAUUAAUAUUUAAUGUAUAAAAAAUAUUUUAAAAUUAAAUAAUGUAAAUUUGAUCCCUUAUUUAGACCUUUAACAGUAAAUUUUGAUAAAUCAACCCUUUUAACCACCCUUAAAUAUAAUUUUUAGGGGUUGAAAAUAUUUCUAACUUAUUCUUCAUUUAGUUAUUAAGAGAAUAAUUAUACUUGUAUUGUGAGUUACACUUGAUAUAACUUCAAAUAAAAUUAUUCAGAAUUAUUAUGGAAAAGUAUUGGAUAAAUAUGAAAGAAAGAAAUUUUAAUAUCAAUUUGAUAUCAUAAAUUACUUUAUGAUAUUUAUUUAGUUUUAAAAUGGAAAAUUGUUUGAAAUCUAUUUUUUUUUUAUUUUAAUGAUUAUUGGCAUUAUCACUACAAGGAUGAAUAACCGGUUGCAUUGUAUGACGUAUGUGUUAUUAUUAUGAAUCAGGAUUCGGUUAUUUGCCCAUUUUAGUAUGAAUUCCAAAAAAAAAAGUUUAAAAAAUCUUUUUUUAAUGUAUAUUAAAGUGUAAAGUGUACUGUGUUUGGUUAGUAUUAACUUCCAAUAUUUUAUUAUAUUAUUAUAGAAUAUUAUAACAAAUAAUCAAGAACUUUGUAAUUAUGAAGAUCGUUUAAUUGCCAUUGAACGUGAAUCUAUUAAGUUAGAAGAAAGUAUAAAAGAAAAAGAUAAAUCAAUUGAAUCUCUUGAAAAAAUUAUGGGUACUAUGAAAAUGUUGAAUGAUGCAUUGAAAAAUAAUGUGUUAGAUAGUAAUGAAGCUAUAAAAUGUUUAACAGAAAUGAAAGUAAGUAAAAAUAAUUUUACAAAAGUAAACACUUAAAACAUAUUAUUUGAAUAAUUUUUAAUUACCUAUUUAGAACAAUUAUUACGCGGAAUAUCGACUAAAUGGUGGAUCAGUUUUAGCAUUAUUAAUUUCACAAAAAUUGAUUAAAGAAAAACUAUCAACGUGGGAUCCAUUACAAGAUCCAACAAUGCCUUUUGAAGAACUCAAUAAGUGGAAACAACUAUUAACAUUAAAUGAUUCAUAUGUUAUUGGUUUUCAAUCUAGUGAUGAAUUCCAAACAUUAAUAUGGCAAGAAUGGAUACCUCAAGUACAAAAAGCAUGCGGGUAUAUAUAUAUAUUCUAUUCUCUAUAGGAUAUAAGGAAUUUUUUUAUCUAUUAAACUCAAUGUUUCAAAUAAAUUAUUAAAAUAUGUGAUUUACUGACUGUACAUACAUAUAAUAAUGAAACCAUAAUAGUAUUAUAAUAUUGUUAUAUUAUAAAAAAAAUUAAUAAAAAAAAAAUACAGAAAAUAAUUGUAUUUUUAAAUAAUAAUAAUAGCACUAUAAAAAAAUUAUAUAAUAUAAAAUAAUAAUAUCACCUAUAAUAUUUGCAUAUUAAGUUUGUUUUAAGUCAAAAAACCUUAGCAAAAAUUAAACUGUUUUAAUGUCCCUCAAAAAUGCAAUGAAUGAAUUUAGAUAAAUUCCAACAAUAAUGGUCUAAAUAAAACUAAAGGUAAAAAAACUAAUUCUAAAAUUUGUCAGUUUGAGUUUACUAUUAGACGUGUUUAUGUUUUCUUAGUGAAAACAUUUAUUCCCAUAUCAUACACUGUGUGUGGUCUGACAUUCUUUUUUUUUUGCACCAAAGAGCAGGACAAAACCUCUGCGAUCAUGUUUUCUAAAUUUAUCAUUUCACUACUACACUAAUGGCAUGGUAAUGUUUUUUUGGUGGUGUUUAAUAAACUGUAUUUCCUUAAAAACGCAGUGGCAUUCUCUUCAGUGUUGGCGAUAGUUAAAUAUAAAUAAAAAUCUUUUAAUUGCAUGAUAAAUCACACCUAAACAAUAAACACAGUAGGUAUGGAUACACAAAUUAUAAGCCUAUAAAAAGCAUUUUGAUUUUGUAAAACAUCUAGCAUGCAUAUUCCAACUAUCUGCUGAGAGUUAAACCAUAUAACGACUUUUCUAAACAGGUGUUAUAAUAUUAAUCAUAAAAUAAUAGCCUGCUCAUCUGUGGCCAAUCUAAAAAAAUGGCUAAUUAUUGGAAGGAAUUUGAAUGAAAAUAUUAACCUAGUGUUUUAAUAAAAUUGUUCUUUAUUAGGCGGUGGGAAUGUCGAAAUUAUAACAGUAUGUUGAAACUUGUUGAACAAUCAGCUAAAUUGAUACCAAAUGAAAUUAUUAAUACAGUUCUUGAGAAUAUGAUUUUACCGAAAAUUCAAUUGGAAGUGGAACAAUGGGAUCCAUUAACUGAUCUUGUUCCAAUUCAUUUGUGGAUUCAUCCGUGGUUACCAUAUUUAAGUAAAUUGAUAUUUAAUAUUUUAGUUGAUUUUAACAAUAACUAUAAUAUUUUAAGGGUGAUUAUUUUAUCAUUAAACAUUCAUUAUCUCUGAAAGUAGUUAACUUUUUUCAAAAUCUGUUUUAUAGACAAUUUUAGAAAUAAGCAGUUCUACAAUUUUGCAUUUAAAUUAUGUUUUGUCACCCUAAUUUUUGGGUAAAAAUCAUUCUAUAAAUAGAUUGAGUAUUAAUUGUUGAAAUUUUUAAUUUAUGUCAAUCCAUUGACAAGAUAUUCCAUUUUUAAGUUUAGGUUAGGAGAGAGUAGAAGAGCAUCAUUGUAGCACGGGUCAUAACGUUUUAAUAAUGCACUACUUCUCUCUUUUGACCCAAACUUAAAAGUGGAAUAUCUCGUCAAUGGAUUGACAUAAAUUAAAAAUUUUUAAACUAACAUUUAUUUUAACUAAUACUCCAUAUAUUUAAGGCAUUUUCAAUAUAGUGCACUCGUUAUAGGAAAAUCAAAAGUAAGUAGUCGUUUCACCCCAAAAAUAAGGAUGACAAAAAAAAUAAUAAUGUAACAUUUUAGAACACUUUGUUUCUUAAGUUUUCAAAAAAAUAUUCAUUAUUUUUUGAAUUAUGGGUGUUAUCAAUAAAAGAAUCACCCAGAUAGUACGCAAAAUAAAAUUAUAAAUGUACCCAGGUCAAUAUUUUGAAACAACUGUCUAUCCAACUUUAAGACAAAAAUUAAGUGUAGCACUAAAUGCUUGGCAUCCAUCUGACAAUUCUGCUAAAUUGAUGCUCCAACCAUGGAUAAAUGUUUUUCAGAAAGGCUACAUGGAUGCUUUUCUAAUUAAAAAUAUUAUUCCUAAAUUACAAGGUGCUCUAGAUGCUUUUAUAAUCAACCCACAUCAUCAACAGUUAGGUAACAUUUUCAUUAUUUUAAGUGUUUUAUUUACUAUACACAACUUUUGUUAUUGAGAAUCCUGUUAUAUAUUUUUUGUUUUUACAUUUAGAAAACUGGAAUUGGGUGAUUGCAUGGUCAGAUUUAUUACCAUUGCCCACACUAGUGGACUUACUGGACCAACACUUUUUCCCAAAAUGGCUUAAAACACUUACAAUGUGGAUAAAUAUGAACCCUAAUCAUGAACAAAUUGGUAACUGGUAUACGGGAUGGAAGUCUUUAAUGCCUCCUAUUAUUAUUGAACAUCCAACAAUUAAAAAUCGGUUUCAUUCUGCUUUGGAAAUAAUGAGCCGUGCAGUUGGAGGGCCUUCUAUUCCACUACCGCCUCCACCUACAAUUCAUGUAUAUAUAUAUAUAUAAUAUAAUAUAUUGUAUUAUUUUAUAUGAACAAAAACCAUUUUAUAAUACUAUUUAGUAUAAUUAUUAAUUAAUAUUAAUCAUGAUAUUCACUUUUAGGGUGGUCUAGCUGAAGCUGUACGUACUGCUACACAGAUGCCUCAUGGUUUUAAAGAAUUAGUGCAAAAGCGUUGUGAAGAACGUGGAAUUUUGUGGAUGCCUCUUUCUGGUCGAUUUAGAGAAGCUAAACAAGUAUACAGAUGUGGAGCUAGGCUUCAAGCAUAUAUAGAUCGUGGAGUUCUAUUUGUUAGCCAUGAUGGUGCACAUUUUGCCCCUAUGUCUGUUCAGUCAAUGUUAGAACUAUGUCGAUAAAAUAAUAUAUGUAUCAAUUUUUAAUUGCUGUACCAUCAAUUUUUAAUACAAUUUUAUUAUUAAUUUUUAAUUUCUUUUGUAUAAAAUGUGUAUAAUAUACAUAUUUUAGAUUCUAAGCAUAGCAAU